CGCUAGUGCGCCCCCCCCGGCCCCGUGCCCGGGCCCGCGCACGCGUGGGAAAGUUGGCCUGGAACCGGCCCGACCAGUUCCGCCCGGGCGCGCGGACCGGCCGCAGGAAGUUGCUGCUGCAAAACUUUUUUGGGGGGUGCAGCUGGGGCCCCCAGUGCGCCGGGGCCGGAUGCGCGCCGCGUAGCGCACCCCGGGCCGAAAGGGGUGCCCGCAGGGAGGCGCGCGGCGGGGGCGCCCCGGCCCCGCUGCCCGGGGGCUAUGGCCAUGGUGGCCGGCGGCUGGGGCGGCCCCGGCGGUGGCGACACGAAUGGCGUGGACAAGGCAGGCGGUUAUCCGCGCGCGGCCGAGGACGACUCGGCCUCACCCCCUGGCGCCGCCAGCGACGCUGAGCCGGGCGACGAGGAGCGGCCGGGGCUGCAGGUGGACUGCGUGGUGUGCGGGGACAAGUCGAGCGGCAAGCAUUACGGCGUUUUCACCUGCGAGGGCUGCAAGAGCUUCUUCAAGCGGAGCAUCCGCCGCAACCUCAGCUACACCUGCCGGUCCAACCGUGACUGCCAGAUCGACCAGCACCAUCGGAACCAGUGUCAGUACUGCCGCCUCAAGAAGUGCUUCCGUGUGGGCAUGCGCAAGGAGGCGGUGCAGCGCGGCCGCAUCCCACACUCGCUGCCUGGCGCCGGCCCGGCCUCGUCGGGCAGCCCCCCGGGCUCGGCGCUGGCGGCGGCGGGCAGCGACCUCUUCCCGGGCCAGCCAGUGUCGGAGCUGAUCGCGCAGCUGCUGCGCGCGGAGCCCUACCCGGCGGCUGGCCGCUUCGGCGCGGGGGCGGCAGGCGCGUUCGGCCCGGGCGGCGCGGGCGCGGUGCUGGGCAUCGACAACGUGUGUGAGCUGGCGGCGCGGCUGCUCUUCAGCACGGUGGAGUGGGCGCGCCACGCACCCUUCUUCCCCGAGUUGCCCGUGGCCGACCAGGUGGCGCUGCUGCGGCUCAGCUGGAGCGAGCUGUUCGUGCUGAACGCGGCGCAGGCGGCGUUGCCUCUGCACACGGCUCCGCUGCUGGCCGCCGCGGGGCUGCACGCCGCGCCCAUGGCCGCCGAGCGCGCUGUGGCCUUCAUGGACCAGGUACGCGCCUUCCAGGAGCAAGUGGACAAGCUGGGCCGCCUGCAGGUGGACUCGGCCGAGUACGGCUGCCUCAAGGCCAUCGCACUCUUUACACCUGAUGCCUGCGGCCUCUCGGAUCCGGCGCAUGUGGAGAGCUUGCAGGAGAAGGCUCAGGUAGCCCUGACCGAGUAUGUGCGGGCCCAGUACCCAGCCCAGCCCCAGCGCUUCGGGCGCCUGCUGCUGCGGCUGCCGGCCCUGCGCGCUGUCCCUGCCUCCCUCAUCUCCCAGCUGUUCUUUAUGCGCCUGGUGGGCAAGACGCCCAUUGAAACGCUGAUCCGUGACAUGCUGCUCUCGGGGAGUACUUUCAGCUGGCCUUACGGCUCUGGCCAGUGACCUCCAGGGACACCGAUGCUUGGGGCUCCAGGGGUCCCCAGGCACAGGACCCCCGUUCUUUCCCAGACUCCUCUUUUUUAAAGACUGUGAAAUUGUUUGUCUUUUCUGUUUUUUAAAUGAUCAUGAAACCAAAAAGAGACGGAUCGUCUGGAUUCCAGCCAAGUCUUCCGGUCCCAUCACCAAGAUGGAGGGAGGGACUCCGGGCCCAGUCCCUCCACAGCCUUGGACAGCCAGUGAACUCAUGGGAUGGCAGGGUGGGAUAGAGGCCUGGUGGCUGGACUAGAGGGCGGCCCCAUCCAGGCAAGAGUAACCAUGGGCCAGGUGGAAUCUCCGGACACGUGAUCCAUGUUGGACACUACGUGAGGAAUGAAUCAAGGGGAUGCAGUAAUAAACAUGUUUCCUAUCUGUGCGGCUGCCCUGGCUGGCUGUCUAUGAGGGGGUGACAGGGAGGGUGCCCCCCUCUACCCUGGAACCCACCCCAGCUAUGUGGCACGUCCACACAGCCUACUGUGUGUGACUAGGUGGGUGCUGUUAUUUUGGGGCAGGUGGGGAAACUGAGGCUGAAGGCAAGGGGCAGAGGUCUGAGGUUAGCCAGUGAGUCCAUAAGUGUUGAACCCAGCAGAUGGUAGUUGUUAGAUUCAAGCCCUGGACUGAACACCUUAUUAAUAAAUUAAUUGAAGAUCAGCUGUUAAUCUUGGUAUCUGGGCUCCAGGGUCCUUUGGAGAACUGUUUUCUCACCAACUCUCAGACCACGUGGUCUGGGUCAGGCCAUAGGCCUGUCAUCUGAUCCAGGCAAUUAUCUUUCCAUUCCCUUGGCCACAGUGAUUGGUUCAGGGAGGUCAUGUUACCCCAAAGCAGACCAAUGAAACUUGAUUGCAGAAUUCAUAACCCAGAGGAUAUUAUCAGUGAGGCAAAGCAGAGCCUACACAAGAAGACCAGUUUCUCAGAAAGCUUUCGGAGCCCCUAAAUCAACCCAUACCUGAAGCCUUUGUACAUUUAAGUUCUGUGAAACCAGACUUGCCCUUUGUGCCUGAGCCAGUUUGAAUUGGGUUUCUUCUCAUGUGUAACCAAUAAACUCCUGACCAGUUUGGGAUUGGCAUCUGGAGGGUAGAGACCACUGUGAGGACAGACAUUGAAAUAUGGAUUUAGCUGAGUUGAAAUGGAAUAUGGGGUGG